UCCACUCUCGUCACCGUCGUCGCGCUGCUGACCCCCUUGCUCAUUCUUCUAAUCCGAAAACGAAUGAAUAUGCAAGCCACACCUUCCACUCCGUUUCGGUUCAUGGAUCUUCCGCCUGAGCUGCGGGAUAUGGUUUACGAGUACCUGCUUGAGGAUCCAUACUAUCCUCCUCCACCCGCAAGUGAGAAGAAACAAAUUUCUCCUCUAUCGUGGAUUAUGUCGUCUCGAACCGGUCGAGCAAGUGUGGGUGGACGACCUGAAGCCCGGAAAAGCAACUGGGUAUUCCUGGUCAACCGGCAAGUGUAUACAGAAUAUAUGGAUCUGUUAUGCAAGAAAACCGUCUUCCGACUCACGGUGUCGCCAGCCAACUAUCCCAAAGACAUCCAAAGUAUCACGUCAGAGCCUCUACCAGGUAGCCAGAAACCCAGAAUCUGGAGGAUAGCCCCAGAGACGCUGCAGCAGGUGAAACGCUGCGAUCUCAAGCUCAUCACGACGUCGUCUAUGCUCGGGGUGCCGGAUCCGCGCAAUAUGACGCCUGCGAGCUGGGGGCUUGCGAAACAGGUGCGCGAGGAGUUGAAGGAGGUUAAGAAUGUGCACGAGUUAAACUUGCAUGUUAAGGCGAUUGGAGAUCCACUUUGGAAUCCGUUGUGGGUGUGGUAUCAUGCUAGUCAGGCGUUUAAGAACACAUUGGUACUGACACCAACAUCAACAUAUUCACCAUCACUAUCCUCAACUUACACACCAUCCCCACCCCAACCCCUUGGCCCCAAACUCAACCGUAUAACCUUCAGCCUCGACACCUGGUCUCCUGGAGAAAACUACCUUUCCCGCGACGCGGACGGUAAGUGGGCAUGGUGGUGCAUGGCGGGCCAUUGCGUGGGCUUUGAUGGCGAGGGCGGAAUGACGGUGCGUGAGUUCUGCGCGAGGCUGUAUGCGGAUUGUGUGACUUGUCGGCCGGAGAGUUCAGGGGAGAACGAGGAUGAGGAUGUGUGACUGAGAGGCGAUACGAGGGGUCAGUGGGUUAGGUCGUGGAUGGGACGGUGGAGGGUGUUAAGUUUGGGGUGAGGUUGGAGGGAAGGGGUGAAACGAGGGUUCGGUACUGGCGUGACGUAACACGGCGUUGAACGCAACAUCUAGCGAUAUGGGUGGAUUUAGUGUUUGUUUUAGUGGGAUUAAUGCCUGCAUCAGGCUCGGAGCUGGGUGUGGAGCAUAACCAACCAGCGUUCGUGUUGUAUGAUAUAAUAAUAACG